UCUCGUCUAACAAGAUUUUCAAAGUGUGUGUAUGAUGUUACCAAGUUCUUGGAAGACCAUCCCGGUGGGGAUGAAGUUCUCUUGUUUUCAACAGGUAAGGAUGCAACGGAUGAUUUCGAGGACAUGGGUCACAGCGAGAGCGCGAGAGAAAUGAUGGGUCGGGACUGCAUCGGAGAGAUUGAUCCCGGGACGACCCCAAAGAAGACAAAGUACAUUCCUCCUCCUAAACAGCUUCACUCCAAUCAGGACAAUACCUCAGAGUUCAUCAUCAAGAUCCUUCAGUUCCUUGUUCCCCUCGCCAUCCUCGGUUUAGCUGUUGGAAUCAGAAUCUACUACACCAAUUCAGGCUAGUUUUUUUUUUUUACAUUUCCCAAUCUACCUUGACAAGUCAUUGCAAAGUCCCCUCCUUUUUUGUCCUUGUUCUUGUCACCGGUACUUGUUGUUCAGGUAGUGUUGUGACAUUCUUCGACCACCGCCAAAAGAUUUGUUAUUUGCA